AUAUAUUAAUGCAACGGUGUUGCCCUCUUUAAAAGAGAAGCACGAUGAAUUUAUGCUGAGGGAGCUGGUCAAAAGAUGGUCAAAUCAUAAAGUAAUGGUUAGGUGGCUGUCACGCUUCUUCCAUUAUCUUGACCGCUACUUCAUUGCUAGAAGGUCACUUCCGGCGCUAAACGAAGUUGGGCUGACUUGCUUCCGUGACCUGGUUUAUCAAGAGAUACAUUGUAAAGUCAGAGAUGCUGUUAUCACCCUUAUUGAUAAAGAACGCGAAGGGGAGCAGAUAGAUAGAGCAUUACUGAAGAACGUUUUGGGUAUAUUUGUUGAGAUAGGGAUGGGACAAAUGGAUAGAUAUGAAGAAGAUUUUGAAGGGCACAUGCUUCAAGAUAGUGGUGCUUACUAUUCGCGGAAGGCAUCAAACUGGAUUCUGGAGGAUUCUUGCCCCGAUUAUCUACUAAAAUCUGAGGAGUGCUUGAAGAAGGAAAGGGAGAGGGUCGCACAUUACCUGCACUCAAGUAGUGAACCAAAGUUAGUCGAGAAAGUGCAACAUGAAUUGCUGGUGGUCUAUGCAACUCAGCUACUAGAAAAGGAGCAUUCUGGGUGCCGUUCAUUGCUUAAAGAUGACAAGGUGGAUGAUCUUUCUAGGAUGUACCGGCUUUACUAUAAAAUUAUCAAAGGCUUGGAACCAGUUGCUACUAUCUUCAAACAGCAUAUUACUGCUGAGGGUGCCGCACUUGUUCAACAAGCUGAAGAUGCUGCUACUAACCAGCCCACAAAUGCGAGUGGUGUGCAGGAACAGGUUCUUAUCAGAAAUAUAAUUGAGCUGCACGACAAGUAUAUGGCUUAUGUCACUGAUUGUUUCCUAAACCACACAUUGUUCCAUAAGGCCCUGAAAGAGGCUUUUGAGAUAUUUUGCAACAAGACUGUCGCUGGCAGUUCAAGUGCAGAGCUACUGGCAACAUUCUGUGACAAUAUACUUAAGAAGGGUGGAAGUGAGAAAUUGAGUGAUGAAGCCAUUGAAGAAACGCUAGAGAAGGUAGUUAAGUUGCUUGCAUAUAUAAGCGACAAAGACCUUUUCGCUGAAUUCUAUAGGAAAAAGCUUGCUCGACGGCUAUUAUUUGAUCGGAGCGCUAAUGAUGAUCAUGAAAGGAGUAUUCUUACUAAGUUGAAACAGCAAUGUGGAGCACAGUUCACAUCAAAGAUGGAAGGGAUGGUAACAGAUUUGACACUGGCAAGGGAGAACCAGAAUAACUUUGAAGAUUACCUUAGCAAUAAUCCAGCUGCACAUCCUGGAAUUGAUCUGACAGUCACUGUUCUUACUACUGGGUUCUGGCCGAGUUACAAGUCCUUUGAUAUAAACCUUCCAACUGAAAUGGUUAAGUGUGUUGAAGUGUUCAAAGGAUUUUAUGAAACAAAAACAAAACACAGGAAGCUUUCAUGGAUAUAUUCCUUGGGCACUUGUCAUAUCAAUGGCAAGUUUGAGCAGAAAACUAUUGAGUUAAUUGUGUCUACAUACCAGGCUGCUGUUUUGCUGCUUUUUAAUUCUGCAGAUAGAUUAAGUUAUUCCGAGAUCAUGGCUCAAUUGAACUUGUGCCAUGAUGACUUGGUUAGAUUGCUCCACUCUCUGUCCUGCGCCAAGUAUAAAAUCCUUAUUAAGGAGCCUAGCUCGAAAACUGUUUCUCAAUCUGAUUACUUUGAGUUCAAUUCGAAGUUCACAGACCGAAUGAGGAGGAUUAAGAUCCCUCUUCCCCCCGUGGAUGAACGGAGGAAGGUUGUUGAAGAUGUUGACAAGGACCGGCGCUAUGCAAUUGAUGCUGCAAUUGUGCGUAUAAUGAAGAGCCGGAAAGUCCUUGGCCAUCAACAACUGGUGUCAGAGUGUGUGGAGCAGUUAAGCCGAAUGUUUAAGCCGGAUAUUAAGGCGAUCAAGAAGAGGAUGGAGGACUUGAUCACCCGCGACUAUCUGGAAAGAGACAAGGAUAACGCCAACUUGUUUAGGUAUUUAGCUUAAAUUCGAGCAGGUGGUGUUGAGCCCACUGCAAUACCAUUAUUGGCCCCCAAAUGUGAAUUUGUUUUUCGAACUGCUGUAAAUGCCUAUGUAAUUGAGCUGCCUACUGAAAGGCUUAAAAGAGAAUUUUUUUUUUUGGUGCAAUUUGCCUAUGAAGCCAGUUUUGUAUUCUGCCAAUCAUUGUCGAAGAAAGGUUGAUAGGAAUAUUGAUGUUCAAUCCGUUUGGUAUAAUCCAGAGUGCUUCUCUA